AUGCUAAACCUAGAUGUAGUUUUGAAAAGCUUAAAUGAUUCAAAAGAUGUUACUUUUGGAUUUUUGAUGAGUAAAGAAGAACUUUAUUUAAUUACUUUAGCAAGUGAAGUAUACGAUAUUUUAUUAAAUUAUUUUAAAAAUGAAAUCACUGGUAAAGAAGAAAUAUGGCAUCAAGUAAAAGAGAUCGAAAAGAAUCCAAAAAAUAAAACUGGUUCUCUUGAAUAUCAUAUUCACAAAGAAGCUUUUUAUACAAGUCGAACUGUUGAAAUUUUAGAUCCUGAUGACAAGGGAACCUUUGAUGAAGACCUGAAUGAACUUGACUUUUAA